AAGAUAUAACCCUAAAAUUUGUUUUUAAUCUUUAAUUAAUUCAAUAUUGCUGAUCAACUUGGAGUUUAUUUGUGAUAUAGUAAUGAUUCAUAAAAUAUUUCAUAAGACCGAAAAAUAAAUUAUGCCAUAAAAUAUUUUUCUACGACUGCGUACAUGAAAGAUUCAGAAUGAAAAGAAAGUUAUUUCUUAUAUACUUUUUCUACUUGCAUUCUUGUGUUUUGGCUCAAAUGUAUGAGGAUAAACGAUGCCGUUGUGUAUGCCCAAAUCCCAGUUCCAUUAUAAAUAGUACAAUCAAGACUGACCGGACACUUUAUAUUGCAUAUGUGCCUCCCAAUCAGUGUAACUGUGAUGGUGUUAUAUUGCCUAGAGUUAGUAACAAAGUCAAGGAUAAUGCUGAAAUUUUCUGUCCAAGAUGUGAAUGUAAAUACGAAACUAGAAACACUACUAUUAUAAUGGUUGUGGUAAUAUUAGUUGUGUGGGUGCUAAUGUUACUCUCUGGAUAUUUGGUGUUUCUUGUGAUAUUGGAAAUGCUGGUAAAUAAAAAGAAGUCCAAAAUGUAUCAUGUUCAAACUACUGAUGAAGCUCAAAACCCUCUUAUACAUGGUGAGGAUUUAGAAGAUAAUUUAUGAUUAUUUUAAACAAGGUAUUAAUUAUUGUUAUCUAGUAUUAUUACUUACUAAUAGGUGUUGUGUCAAAUAAUGAUAUUUUCAUUACAAUA